CUUGUGCUUUUACUGACUUUUCAACGUUAAUCUUAAAGUCAAUCACUGUUGAGACUUUUUUACUUUAUGAAAUGUCUGAAAUAUUUUUCCAGCAAUACAAGAUGUGCCAAUUUUUCCUUUUUCCCCUCAUCAAGCCUUUUUUUCUUAUCAUUACUAGCAUCCCUGCUAGUAAAUAUGCAGAAAAACAUGUUGGGGCUUCCUGUUUCUGGGUUACCGACAUCCCGCACUAAGCCUGAAUAUUUAGUGAAUCCUUGUUUCUAGUGUAGAUGUUAAGAUGAAACUAGGAUUCGCAUCUUCAUAUGCAAUUUAGUCUUUGGUUUUUCACUGCAUCUGCUUGCCUUGAUUGAUUUCUUAAAAGGGACUAAAGAAGCACUACGGACGAAGAUCCUUAAUUUUCAUGGCACUUCACCAAUACAUUGCCGGGGAUUUGAAAACCAUCGAAGAAGCUGUGACAGAAACAGAAAACUCCAAUGGUUGUUUUGACUGUAACAUCUGUUUAGACUUUGCACAUGAUCCAGUGGUGACCCUAUGUGGCCACCUCUACUGCUGGCCGUGCAUCUACAAGUGGCUUCUCGUCCAACAUGAUUCUCUUACAACAGCUGAGCGCCCUCAGUGCCCUGUUUGCAAGGCUGUUAUAUCCAAUAGCACAAUGGUUCCACUCUAUGGCCGUGGCAAUUCCACAGCUGAAGGGAAAACAUCUUGUGAUGUUUUGAUACCUCCAAGACCACCAGCUUCAUGUGCUCAAGUUCUUGUGGCAGCGCCACCUCGAAGGGGUCAGCGUCUUCCAUAUCGUAAUCCUUACCAAGGUCACUAUUUCAGCUCUCGUUCAUACCAAGAAGAGGACGCCACUUCUCAAACGCACCCUGUGACUGGAAUGUUUGGGGAGAUGAUUUAUUCCAGAGUGUUUGGCAACCCUGAAAAUUGGUAUGCAUACCCCAAUUCUUAUCAGCUCAUGGGAAGUUCUACCACUAGAUUGAGAAGGCAAGAGAUGCAGGCACACAAAUCUUUGAACAGAAUCUCUAUUUUUCUCUUUUGUUGUUUCCUUAUCUGUCUUCUUGUCUUCUAAGUGAACUUCAGGAUCAUCCUCCCUCUAUAUAUCUAUUGUAUACGUCGUAAAAUGCAAGUUUAAAAACUUGCUAGAUUCAUUCAGUGAAUUAUCACAAGGCUAAAGUGCUUGAGAGUUUAUAUUACACUAAACUCUGCACCUAAACCUCUAUUAUACCAUCAUUUUUCAAACA